AUGUCCAUCUUCAGCAAAGACAAGGAAAGCCCGCCAACGGGCGUCCUCGACACCCUAGGCCUCAAGCCCGCGGAUCCCCAUCAUGACGUCCAGGAGGGCAUGAUGGCCGAUAACGCCGACAACCUCCAGCGUCAUCUAGACAAUCGACAGAUUCAGCUAAUUGCCAUCGGCGGUGCAGUCGGUACCGCGCUGUUUGUCAGUAUCGGUACGGGUCUGUACUACGGUGGACCCGGCUCGCUCUUUCUGGCGUUCACGACCCAAUGCAUCUUCCUCGCCAUGGUCAACAAUUGUCUCGCUGAGAUGAGUACCGCCUACCCGGUUUCCGGGGGGUUCAUUCGUCUGGCGGGUAAAUGGGUCGAUGAUGCAUUGGGUUUCAUGGUCGGCUGGAACUUCUUUUUCUACGAGGCCCUCCUCAUCCCCUUUGAAAUCUCGGCUUUCACCCUCGUCUUGUCGUUCUGGAGUGACAAGAUCACGGAACCCGGUCCGGUUGCUGGUAUUUGUGCUGGGAUAAUCGCUGUCUAUGGCUUCCUCAACAUUCUCGCCGUCAAGGCCUACGGGGAAGCCGAAUUCUGGCUCUCCGGCGGAAAAGUCAUCCUAAUUUUCUCCCUCUUCUUCUUCACCUUCAUCACAAUGGUAGGAGGAAACCCCCAGCAUGAUGCCUACGGCUUCCGCUACUGGAAUAAUCCCGGCUCCUUCAUGGAGCAUCUGAGCACCGGUAGUCUGGGUCGCUUCGAGGGAUACCUUGGUUCUCUGUGGUCUGCUUGCUUCGCCGUCGUCGGUCCCGAGUACAUUUCCAUGGUUGCGGCCGAGGCCAAGCGCCCGCGCAUUUACAUCAAGAAUGCUUUCAAGACGGUCUACAUUCGCUUUGGACUGUUCUUCAUGGGUGGGGCGCUUGCUGUGGGCAUUGUUUGCUCUGCGCGUGACCCGGCUCUUGAGUUGAUCGCUACCGGUCAAAAGUCGGAUUCUUCGGCUUCGGCGUCGCCGUAUGUGAUCGGUAUGACCAAUUUGGGUGUUACCAUUUUCCCGUCGAUUGUCAAUGCAUUGCUGCUGACCUCAAUCUUCUCCGCUGGAAACACCUACACCUACUGCGCCAUCCGCACGUUGUACAGUCUGGCUCUGGAAGGCCGCGCGCCCCGCGUCCUAACAUACACUACGCGCAAGGGUGUUCCGAUCUACUGCUUCGUCGUCGUGAUGAUCUUCCCGAUCCUUUCCUUCCUACAAGUCUCCAACAGCUCCUCGAUCGUCAUCACCUGGUUCGCCAACCUCGUCACAGCCGGCGGUUUAAUCAAUUACAUCACAAUCUGUAUAACCUACAUCUGCUUCCACCGCGCCUGCGUCGCGCAAGGCUUAGACCGCCGCCAAUUCUCCUACUACGGCCGUUUCCAGCCCUGGUGCGGGUACAUCGGAAUGGUGUGGAUGAUCCUCGUCACGAUCCUGUACGGCUACCCCGCCUACAAGCCCUGGGACCUCUCGACCUUCUGGUCCGACUACACUAUGCAAAUCGUCAUCCCGCCCCUCUUCCUUAUCUGGAAGGUUAUCAAGAAGACCAAGUGGAUCAAGCCUCAUGAGGCUGAUCUCCUCUGGGAACGGCCUUUGAUUGACGCGUAUGAGGCCAGCUUCAUUGAUCCGCCUGUUGGCUUUUGGAGGGAGAUCGGGCAGAUGUUUGGAAUUCGCCGGGUUAAGGGAGGUAAUGAUAAGAGACGACAGUCUUAUGCUGCUCCGGUUAGUAGUGGGAACGAGACGUCGGAGGGGGCUUUGGCAUAG